AUGGUUCAAACAGCAGACUCAGACUUCAAGACCGAGUUCGCAGUCGAAAUGACUUGCGAGUCCUGUGUCAGCGACGUCAAGAAUGUCCUCGAGGGUGUCGAUGGUAUCAAGAAGUACGACAUCAACCUCAAGGAGCAGCGCGUUGUUGUUGAAGGCAGUGCGCCUCCAUCGGCCAUUUCGCGGUUGUUGAAGAACACUGGCAAGACCGUGAUUGUGCGCGGUUCAGGGGUUGCCCAGGGAUCCCAUGCUGGCGCCGCUGUCUGCAUCCUUGACAUCAACUCCGAUGACCCAAGCUACACAACCCUCCCCGGCACCGAGAAGCCCUAUGGCCUCGUCCGCUUCCUCCAAGUCAACACCGAAACCUGCGUCGUCGACGUGACCGUCCAGGGAUUGACUCCCGGUAACCACGGUAUUCACAUCCACGAGCUCGGCGACACUUCAGGUGGAUCGGCCACUACCGGUCCUCAUUUCAACCCCACAAAUACUACCCACGGCGAUGACUUGACUGGUCACGUUGGAGAUCUGGGCAACGUUGAGGUCGACGAGAAGGGCUGGGGUGAUUUGGUGCUCGAGUCCAAGAGGAUCAAGGUUUGGGAUAUUAUUGGACGCUCAAUGGUUGUUACCGAGAAAGCCGACAACCUGGGAAAGGGCUCCUGUGAGGCUUCGAAGGAGGAUGGCGCGUCUGGCAAGGGAAUCAUCUGCGGUAUCAUUGCUCGCUCGGCCGGUGUUUUUGAGAACGCCAAGAAGGUGUGUGAUUGCAGCGGCACGACACUUUGGGAGGAGGCUCGUAUUAUGGGCGGCGAGAAGGGCAAUGAGUUUUACUGA